GCGACCCUGUUUGUCUCUUGUGUGUCGUUGUGACAUUUCAUCCUGGGUUGCUCUUCAAUCCAUUUUCCGCAUUGUUCAUUCCCCCUACUUCUUCUCAUUGUACUGUAUCAUACAUCUUGCGUUUCUUUCCUUCUCUGUAAGCGUUCCCGGACUGGCCUGUGGUGAGGAGAAUAUACAGUGAUCCUCCACUCGCCUCACUGUCGCUACAUCAAAGUUUCCAACAACUUUGGCAGUUUAUCGUCAAAUACCGCCUCAACUGGCGUGACUCCAGGCUCGUCAAUUACACCUCUUCUGUCUAUUACGAUCUACAGAUCUGUGAAAAUACUGGCCUCAACGACCUCGAACCGAGAGGGAGACUCCCAUAGCAAGUAUGGAUCUCGUUGAACUUGUCCAUCAUGUGGUACCCCGUCAAGACCAAGGCACUGGCAAUACUUUCCUGGACACAAUAGGCAAUGCCUCAAAGCAAAAGAUCGAUGGCAAGGCAGCACUCUUCUCCUUCGGCGUGUCCGCCAGCGUGGGAAUCUUCUUCGUCAUAGUUUUCUGUUUCGUUCGCCCGCACAACAACGUCGUCUACGCACCUCGAGCCAAGUACGCCGACAGCAAACAUGCUCCGCCACCAGUCACCCGGGGGUUGUUCGGCUGGCUGAAGCCACUCAUCACCACUAAAGAGACGGAGUUGAUAGAGAAGAUUGGUCUGGAUGCCACAAUUUUCCUGAGAUGUGCCCGCAUGCUGAGGAAUAUAUUCGCCGUCUUGAGCGUCAUCGGUUGCGGUAUCCUGAUACCCGUCAACAUCGUGGCUUACAACAAAUCACCCGUCGAGCAACCGCCACCCAACACUGACCGAAUCGACACCGGGUUCAAAAUGAUGACGCCGGUAUUCCUGUACAAGGAUUUCGAGCUCGCAUGGGCUUACGUCGUCGUGGCGUGGCUUUUUGAUAUUGUCAUCUGCUUCUUCCUCUGGAUAAACUAUCGGGUAGUUGCCCGUUUUCGACAGCAAUAUUUCGAGAGUUCGGAAUACCGGAACAGCUUACACGCGCGAACUUUGAUGAUUACCGAUAUACCGAAAGAAUUGCGGACCGACGAGGGCAUCACUCGUAUCAUUGAGGGCGCUGGUGGAUCCAGAGAAACACCAAGAGCGGCAGUUGCCAGAAACGUGAAGGACCUGCCGGAGCUGGUUGAAGAGUAUGAAGACUUGGUCAAAUCAUUAGAAAAAGUGCUUGCUCGAUACUUGAAGAACCCGGAUAAGUUGCCGGCGACUCGUCCGUUGUGCAAGCCUUCGAGCAAAGACAAAUCCUACACGAAAGGCCAGAAGGUCGAUGCGAUCGAGUACCUGACCAAUCGCAUCAAGCAUCUUGAAAUGGAAAUCGAGCAAGUCCGGGAAUCCGUCGAUAAACGAAAUGCGCUUCCCUUUGGCUUUGCCAGCUUCCAAGACAUUGCCGAAGCUCACGCGGUGGCAUAUGCGACCCAAAAGAAGGCGCCUCAAGGAACCACCAUCUCCCUUGCCACCAAGCCGAACGAUCUCAUCUGGAGCAACCUACCACUUCUCAAACAGGACAGGAGAUGGCGGACGAUCGUGAACGCCAUGUGGAUCACGCUGCUGACGGUAGUAUUCAUCAUCCCUAACAUUCUGAUCGUCAUCUUUCUGGCAAACUUGAGCAACUUGGCUGCUGUUUGGCCAGCAUUUCAAAAGACCUAUUCUUACAACGACAAAUUUUGGUCUGCUGUGCAAGGUAUUCUGGCACCCGCCAUCACCUUUCUCAUUUAUUUAUACCUUCCAUCCAUUUUCCGACGAAUCCGCGUGAAGGCUGGAGAUGUCACAAAGACGAGUCGUGAGCGUCACGUCACCGGAGCACUAUUUGCAUUCUUCGUCUUCAACCAACUGAUCGGCUUCUCCCUUUUUGCGACGGUCUGGUCCUAUAUCAUGGAAUUCACCAAACAUGAAGAUGUUACCCACACCAAUCUCGCCAGCAAUAUCAUUAUACAGAUGUCCUCCAUGUCUGCAUAUUGGGUUUCGUUUCUACUCCAGCGCAACCUUGGUGCGACAAUUGAUCUCAUUCAGCUGCUGCGACUGACGUAUGGCUCAUUUGAGCGUCGUUUCUUGUCUCCAACGCCGCGCGAGCAAAUCGAAGCCAGCGCACCUCAGCCGUUUGACUAUGCCUCCUACUACAAUUAUCUGCUCUUCUACUCGGCAGCCGCUUUCGUAAUGGCCGCCAUCCAGCCGAUCGUCCUAGUCAUUGUCGCGGUGUACUUCAGCUUUGAUUGCUUCGUCAAGAAGUACAUGUUGAUGUACAUUUUCAUCACCAAAAACGAGUCGGGUGGGAUGUUCUGGCGCAUGGUCUUCAACCGAGUCCUCGCAUUCAUGCUUCUCGGCAACAUUCUGGUCGCCUUGGUCGUUCUCCAACUUUCCUUCUAUGAAGCGAACUGGCCCAAGUUAGCAGCGCUCGCGCCGUUGCCCAUUUUGGUCAUCGCAUUCAAGUUCUACUGUGUCCGGACGUAUGACCAAGGCAUGCACUUCUAUCAACAGGGUACACCUCUCCAAGAUCCGGAGCACAUGAGCGGCAUGGACAAAAAGAAGGCCAUCAAGCGAGACAAGGUCGGCGUCAGAUUCGGAAACCCGGUGCUGUACAGACCUCUCAUCACUCCGAUGGUAUCUUCAAAGGCUCAACACCUCCUCAAGAGCAUCUACUCCGGCCGAACCUCUGUUGACGUCGCACAACUACGCAACGGCGGCUACAGUGACGUCUACAUGGACCCCAUGGACCCGCGGAACCCUGGAAAGGGCGCCAAAAGUCCUUCGGCGCCGUUUGAGAUCGUCAACGAGGACGAGAUGGACUUUGAGCACUUCAAGAACCGAGCCGAGUUCCGUGAUGCUGCUGGUGGUAACGGCCAGCUUUUCGGUCACGCGGCAGAUGUCAUUCGCCCUGGUACACCUUCCAGCACAAUGACGGGACUGACACGUGCGACGACUGUGGAUUCCUUUGAGGAUUUCCACCACCGCAAAGAUUCGAAUGGCUCUUCCUCUGCUGGGUACCACUCUCGUGGUGGCUCGAAUGCCAACUUCGCUCCUGGAGGCAAGUACUCUCACAUGCGCGACGACUCCAACGCGACCUCGCUCGGUCGCAGUCGCAGCGGCUCCCGUGGCUCCGACACCACUCGCGUGGGUGGUACCGAGUACCCUCGCGGCUACCACCAAACCCCUUCUGCUCUCCGCGAGCACUCUCCCGCCCCCAGCCAAGACGGCGGCAUCGCCGGCUUCCGCCCGGACUAUUCCCGCGCCGCCAGUCGUGAGGUCCUCGUCUCCGGCGCGGCGGACAUGGGUCAGGCUCCGAUGCGUGUGCCAUUGCCGACCUCGGCGAUGAACCCUGCCACGCAAUACAACCAACUACCCUACCAACCCCAACCCCAACACCCCAACCAUCUCUAUGCCUCGAAUCCCUACGCGGAUUCACCGGGCGUCACGCCGCUCUCGGAUGGCGGUGCUGCGCCCGGAGGCGGAGAUGAUACGAGUUAUGAAUAUUUCCGCCGCGGAAGAAUGAGCGAGCGAUGAACUUAGAGAAAACGAAAGGCAGAAAAAGCCACUUGCAUUAAUAGAGAAUUUGAGAUCUCGAAAAAGAGAAAGGCAUGGCCAUCUCAAAAGUUUAGAAGAGCGAGCCAUUGCUGUGUCAUAGAACGUUUUGUUUUCUCCCCUUCUGGAGAAGGAGUUAUGGAUCUACGGGCACUUUUCUUCGAGUAAGCGGAUGGGAAAUCCCCGCAUGGAUUUUCAUUUUCAGACAAAAGCAUUUCAGCGCGGGAAUCAAUUUCGUACGUCAUCUCUUCCAUUGACAUUGUCAUCGACAGUCUCAUCGUGAUCUCCAUACACCACA